AUGUCGAGUGGCUAUCCUCCCCCGCCCAGUAUGUCCAUGGGUGAUAAACCAAAAAAAAGAAGGCCUUCUAAUACGGGAUCAAAGCUUUUAGAUAAUCAAGAGAAUUAUUUUCUAUUUUCCAUUCUUGGAAACGAUAAUAUAUGUUUAUCUGCUGCUGUCGUUGAGCUACUAACGUGUGAAGAUCGACAUUGGAAAAAAAAAUUCCGAGGAGUUUUAUGUCUAGUAAAGGAUUAUGUUAAUCGAGCUUAUUUUUUGAGAAUAUAUAAUUUAAUCAGCAGCAGAGAAAUAUGGUCGUUCAAGCUUUACAAAGGUUUUCAAGUUGAAGUUGGCGAUAAUUGCCCUGAAUUGAUUUUUUUUGAGAGUGAAGAUCACAAGAUAUAUGGCUUUAAUUUUUCAAGUGUUGAAGAAGCGAGAGAUUUCAAAGUGCAUUUUGACAAGAGGAGAGAACAGGAAACUAAAAGUAGUAACAAAGGAAGUGCGCCAUUGCCACCCCCUCAAAGCUCCCCGUAUACUCCAUCUAGUGUGAGAACACCAUCGAUCCCCUUGAGUGGAGGUGUUACUCCCGUAGGAACUAUGCCUCAUACCGAUAAAGCGAGCUCGUCUAUAGGAUCAAGUUUCUUCAAAAAAGAUAAGGGGAAGAAAAAAGGAAAAAUCAAAAUUAAAAAGGAAGACAUCAGCAACCCUACUAACUUCCAGCACAAGGCUCACGUGGGCUGGGACCAAGAUAGUGGAUUUUCCAACAAUGUAUUCGAUUCUGAUCCCAUGGACGAAAGUAUUAGGGAUAUUAUUAGAGCCGCCGGACAAGAUCCUACGGCUAUGAGCAAGAAAACAAUGAAGUUCGUGUAUGACUUCAUCGAUAAAUAUCAAGCUGAAGAGGUUACUGAGUCUCCUGUUGCUCAAGCUCCAUAUAAAACUCCUCCUCCCGCGGUACCAGUUUCGCAGCCUACAAUAUCACAAUGGUCUCAACCAACUCCACCACCACCACCGUCUAGGUUAUCUUCGCAUCCAUCAUCUCAACCGCCUGCUAGACCUCCUCCACCUCCUCCUAGCUAUAUAGUAGAUUCGUCUAACAGAGCAGCGAGGCCUCUACCACAAGUUCCAAGUUUACCGUCUCAAGUAGAUACGAGACCUGCCGUUGUUCCUCCACCUCCUCCUCCACCACCUCCUGUGGCUCCAGUGUACAAUAACAGUUCAUCAGUCCCUCCACCUCCUCCUCCACCUCCCGUAUUAUCAGGAAGCUCAGGUGCAGUACCACCACCACCACCGCCUCCUACAAGCCUUAUCAAAGAUCUACCCGCUCCACAAUCCGGAAGGUCAAAUCUCUUAGCGGAAAUUCAAGCUGGCAAAAAACUGAAAUCUGUCGGCGAUCCGGCCGAAAAAGUUGGUGCGCCCAAUGCAAGAGGUGAUAUGAUGGCUCAAAUCAGACAAGGCACGCAACUUAAACAUGUUGACAAAGACGAGGAAGAAAAACGGAAGUCUGCAGCUCCCCUUUCUGAUAUGGGAGGUUUGGCCGGAGCUCUUGCUAAAGCUUUAGAAGAAAGAAGGGUUAAUCUUGGAAUUGAUGAUUCCAGUGAGGAAGAAGAUUCUGAUGACAAGAAUGAGUGGUCAGAUUAA